CCGACCUCACUAAUAAUGCUAUUGUGGCUGAAUGGAAGCAAGGCCGGUCUGGACUGCACGAAAUCUGAACCAAACAUAGACGUCUAUGAUUCGUUCAGAUUUGGUCCGGAACAAAAACCAAUGUCCAUGGACGUGGAAAUCAAGGCCGGUCCGCAACUUCACAUACAAAAAAACACAUACAAAAGGCGUAGGUAUCGAUCCAUGCUUAUUGAGGUGUAUCCUAACAGUAUUGCCUGAAAUUGAAUUAUAUGUGGUAAGCCUACAUUACCACCAAAAAACGACACCCGGAAAGGACCAAAAAAAGACGUGCUUGUGCUUACUGGUGUGUAGACCACAAUGGAAUUUUAUGAAUGAAUGCCCAUCGUCUGUAAAACAGGGCAUGGCAUUAUUACCCAACUUUAUCAGGAGUAUUCGCGAGCCUAUUUGCAAUGUAUUUACACAGCGGCAAAUUCAGAAUUUUAACUAGGCAAGUCAUUUAAGAAGAGAUCCUUAUUUUCAAUGACAGCGGAUCAACUGCCUUGUUCAGGGGUAGAACGACAUAUUUUUACCUUGUCAGCUCGGGGAUUCGAGUCCAACGCUCUAACCACUAGGCUACCUGCCGCCCCAAUUAAUCGGCUUGUCAAAAAUUGAAGGAUACAAAUCACUGAUCAUGACAAUGGGGUGAAAUUCCUGGACAACAGUCGUUAUCGUCCAUUCCAUAUUGUCCAUUUUCAUUUGACAUGUCCUGUUUUUAGGAUAUGUUGUUUGUUAACAUAACAGGGCAUUGUUUUUAUUUGAUUGAGCGUCAUUUAGGUUAGGUUAUUUGAUUGGAGAAUCCGGCAUGAUGUAAAAAGUGUCCCUCUCAUUACAUUUUAUCUCCAGCCUGUAAGCUACAGAAAAGGCCACAUUCUCUUUCUACCAUAUUUAUAUAGCUAAUGUGCAGCCUCCCUGUCCUGGUGCACUGCACAAGUAGCUAGAUAAGUGUUCUAUCUAGCCAAGACGUCAUUACCAGAGAAAUCGCGGGCUUUAGCGCGUGACCAUCUGACUGGCUAGGAGACCUGGCUCACCAGCUAGUCAGGUAUUUAGUUACAUUGGAACAGCAACCACAGGUGUACACUGAAAAUACAUAAUUUCAUUAAAUGUAACUUCAUUAAAACUAAUUAUUUUUUGAGGACGAUGCUUUAGUUGUUGCUUAUCUAGCUAGCUAAGUUAGCUACUAAAACUGAAAUAGCUAUUGAUAACAAUUGCUUUAGCUAAGGUCAGUUACGUUAGCUAGCUAAGUUAGGCCCUGUUAACCUUAGCUAACAUUAGCAAAAAGUGGUCUGAUGUUUUGUGGCUACAGGUGGCUGGCAAGCUAGUUCUAACUAUUUUACAUUUUAUGAAUUCAUUAGAUUCUUUGAGUGGACACUGCAAUAAGAUGAGAAGAUAUGAAAUGCAGCAGGCCAGACCUACUGCAGGUUGUUUCCUUUCCAGGCUGCCUCUCUGUGCCUCUGUUUACCCAGAAGAAAAGGAGCAGGCUGCCUUUGACAUCCAAUCCCUCUGAGAAUGAAUUCUGCUCCAGCAAUGAAUACAUGUCCACACACAGCGCUGUUUCAUCCAACAACAUAUCUGGUAACACAGAAUAUUUCCAAGAUCAAGACCCAAGCUGUCCUGCACCUGCUGCUCAGAACAGUCAGUGGAACAGACAAGGCAACCAGCAUCAGUCUCAACCACAGUUUCAGUAUCCAAACAGUCGACUUGCACCUGAACCCGUGAGAAGAAACUUUGCACCUCUACCACACCCAUAUAAAGCUGUCAAUACAGGUCCGCAGAUGGGACAGCAACAGCCACCAGUGAGGCAGGACUCCAGAGCCCCUAUAAACCCCAGACAGAGCAACUACAACGGCCCUUGUAGCAGUGGGAACACACAGAGCAAGCCAGUACCCCCAGGUAGCUACUCUCAUAUGGGUCAGCAGCAGCAGUCUGGCUACAGACAGGGACAGGCCAACCCACCAGAGCCUCCUCUCUGCUCCCAGCAGUCUACACCCAUUACCACAACAAGCAGACCAACUCCUGGUCCUCCAAACAGACCAACUCCUAGUCCUGGACCACAGCAGCAGAAGCAGAACACAUCCUGGAAGUUUAAAAUUACCACCAACACUGGGCUACAGAAACAGCUGAUGGACAGAGACAUAUAUCAAACUCAAAAUACCUCUCAGUCUCAGGUACAACAUACACCACCUGUGUUCCAGAUCAAACCAGCAACUGAGAACUCUUUGAGGAUCCUGACUGCUGUCAUUGAUGGCAUGAGACACUGGAGCCAGUUCAAGGACAGUGCUCCGUACCUAUUUGAGAUUUUCGCUACUCUUGACUCUGCAGUCACCUCCGGGUCUCAUGGAGCUAAGAACUUCCUCAUGAGAGAUGGGAAAGAGGUGGUGCAGUGUGUCUUCUAUGAAAAUGAGCUGGACCUUCCCAGGCUGAUCCGAGGACAGGUGCACCGCUGUGUGGGAAACUACGACCGCACCAGGGACACACUCACCUGCAUGUCUGUCAGGGCUGCCCUGCACUCCGAGCAGAUGAAUGCACAGGAGUCUGUCAAAGCAUCGGAUGCUGAGAUGAGGGGCCUGGUGAAAUCACUCAGUGAAGUCUGAUCAGAGGCACAGAAACACGUAAAGGGCAAUUCAAGGGCAAUACAAUUGUUUUUUUCCAUGGUUCCUUGUGAGUAUCACUAUAUGGCAAGUGUUCUCCUUUUCAUUAGAAACUGCGGGAUCCUAUAUUUCAAGCGUUGUCAUCUUUAUUAGAAACUGAAGGAUCCUAUAUAAUGUCCUGCUGUAUAUACAGUGCCUUCGAAAAGUAUUCAGACCCCUUGACCUUUUCAAAAUUUUGUUACGUUCGCCUUAUUCUAAAAUGGAUUAAAUAGUU